CAACCAUGUCUAGAUUAUGGGUCAGAUAGAAGACCAUCGGUUUUAACCUGAGUGAUUGCAGGGGAUUUAUUUCACCGUUAUACCUUUGGAGAUCCAUAUCGGAAAUAACCGGAUAUCUUCACUGAUAUCCCACCGGCAGAUUUAACGCAGCUCUGCGGGUUCUCCUGCGCCUUUGUCCUCGGAAAUACAGCAGGAUGUUUAUUAUUAGACGCAAAAACAAUUGACGGCGCGUUUGUCGAGCCUUAAAAACAAAAAGGUGUUUCCACAGCCAGGCUGUCAAACAUAAGAGGACCAUAGAUGUAAUUCCAUUUUCACUGCGGGCAGCGUUUAAGACAAACAAACCAAACAUCCAAAAUGAUGUCAGGAAAGCAUUUCAAGGCUCAUGAAGUGAGCUGCUGCAUUAAGUAUUUCAUCUUCGGAUUCAACAUCAUAUUCUGGUUCCUUGGAGUGGCGUUUCUCGGCAUCGGGUUGUGGGCAUGGAGCGAAAAGGGUGUUCUCUCCAACAUCUCCUCCAUCACAGACCUGGGGGGCUUUGACCCAGUAUGGCUCUUCUUGGUUGUGGGUGGAGUGAUGUUCAUCCUCGGAUUUGCUGGUUGCAUCGGAGCGCUGCGAGAAAACUCUUUCCUGCUUAAAUUUUUCUCCGUGUUCCUGGGUAUCAUUUUCUUCCUGGAGCUGACUGCAGGAGUCCUGGCCUUUGUCUUCAAGGAUUGGAUCAAGGACCAGCUCAACUUUUUCAUUAACAACAACAUUCGGGCUUACAGAGAUGACAUUGAUCUGCAGAACUUGAUAGACUUCACCCAGGAAUAUUGGGAGUGUUGUGGAGCUUUUGGAGCUGACGACUGGAAUUUGAACAUCUACUUUAACUGCACUGAUUCAAACCCCAGUCGUGAGAAAUGUGGAGUGCCCUUUUCCUGCUGCACCAAAGAUCCUGCGGAGGAUGUAAUCAACACUCAGUGUGGCUACGAUAUACGAGCCAAAGCCGACUCUGAGCAGCGGACCUUCAUCUAUAUAAAAGGAUGCGUUCCUCAGUUUGAGAAGUGGCUUCAAGACAACCUGACGGUGGUGGCAGGCAUCUUCAUUGGAAUUGCAUUACUACAGAUUUUUGGUAUCUGUCUAGCACAGAAUCUCGUGAGCGACAUUGAAGCUGUGAGAGAAAGUUGUUUGUUUACCUAAGACCUCCACAUAAACUCCAAUGGGCAAGAAGGAUGUACCAGGACUCGGUUUGGACACCAGCACCGAAGGGAACUAAAUUAAUCAGCUGUGUCCCAAACAAAGAGUCCCAUUCACAUGUAAAUAGUAAAUGUAGAGUUAUUUUUAGAGUUAUUUGUGGCCCCAUUUUUGAAUGAAGCACAACUUCUAAAAUGUAUUGUAGCUUUCAUACAGUAAAGAUUAAACAAAUGCAAUGCAAAGGCUUUACACUCUUAUAAGCAGCUUUGAUGGUGAAGUGGUUCAAAGGAGAAAUCCCACUUCAGAUUAUUUUAUUUUUCUGAAAAUGAGGAGCGGAGGGGUUCAUUACUUGUACACAGGACAAAUAGAUUUGAUGUUUUACCAGAGGUGGUGCUUCCCUCAGAAAAAGGCCUUGGUUUUAUAUGUCUCACAGCUGCAGUUUUUAACACUGCAUGUAAAAGUUGUGUACAAAGAUAAAAGUGAUUCUGGAAAUGCACUGCAUGCCUAUUGUCUACUGAUAGGACAAUGGCUCUUCUACAUGUAUUACAUUAAUGUUAAGUAUUUAAAAAAAAUAUUUGUAAAAUAGUAACUAGUUUGAAGUGAAUCGGCUGGUUAGCACUUUGUUGAAUGUUUUAUUGAAAUAUACUUAAAGAGACAGAUAAUUAACUUUGAAUUAAUUUCUAUCUGUGAAAUUAUGCUCAUAUUCUACAGAUACAUACAGUUUGUAAGCAGAGUAUUGUUUGGGCUGAGGUAGAUUUAGUAACAUGUAGUAUCAUAAAGAGAUAUGAAUAGUAUUGUAUGCUUUGCAAAGUUGCAGUUAGUUUUGACAUGGAAAGGUAUUAAUAGAAGAAGGAACCCUUAAUCGUCCCACAGAGGGGAAAUUUUACAUUUGACCCAUCCUAGUGUUAGGAGCAGUGGGCUGCCAUAUGUACGGUGCCCAGGGAGCAGUGUAGGGAACGGUGCCUUGCUCAGGGACACCACGGUAGCACUUGGUCUUUCGGGACUUGAACUGGUGACCUCCCAGUUCCCAGGCCAAGCCCCUAUGGACUUUGCCACCACCACCACAAUACAUACAGAAAGAAAGCAGAAGAUGUGACAUCCAAUUCAAAACUCAGCCUUAAGCACUUUAAUCUUCAUAUUUUAAUCUUCAAGAGAGAUUUCUGUCAUGACGGACUGUUAGUCAAGCAGUAGCCACUGGAGGGGGCACUUUUCCUUAAAAAACUACAUCUGUUAUUUUCAUGGUGCUCCAUAAUGUUGGAUAUUUUUUCCAAAAGCUGUUUGACUGGAAAUGUUUUUCAGCACAUUACAAGUGUGAUGUCGUUCCUUGCACAUUACCUUAAUGUCAGCGUCCAUUCAGCCAUUUCCUCUUUUUUUCUUUUACUUUGUUGCUGUUGUGUUUCCUUUAAGGAAUCUGCCUAUUUGAUGAGAUACCCUCUGUCGUUAUGUUAAAUGUUUUCAUCUGUAAGAUUUCACUGGAAAUUAGGAUAAAAGCUUUUUCCGAGGCUCAUCAUUAAUGGGAUGCUGGUGCUGCUUGGUGGGACUCAACUGAACAUAGAAAUGAUUUAUAGCCUAUAUACAUACUGUACAUUACUUGAAAGUAGAGCAGCACACAUGCUACUUCACCAGCAUUAUUUUAAAUGCACACUUUGGAACUGAAAUACAACUUGUAUGUUUCUUAUUCUUAACAAUAAGGAAGCGUAUCAUUUUGUUAAUAGAACUGUAGCAAAAAAGUAAAAGCAGCCAUUUUAUGUAAAGGCCUGCAGUAUGUACAGUAUACACAGAGCUUUUACUUUGUAGUCAGAUCUCCUGCAGCCUUGAUGAACUCACCAAAAAUAUAUUUCAAAAAAUGUAUUUCUGCAUUGUGAUAUCUUAUAAAUGUAAUACAGCUGGAGUCAAAUAUCCCCUUUUCCACUAAAAGCUUCAUAUGAUUGUUGUUGACUGAUCACACUUUUCUUACCACUCAGUGCCAUAUUUGUGAUUUCUACAUACUCCUGAUUAUACAUUUUGUUUUUCCUGUACUCCUGAUACUUGUAAAUAACUGGAUUGUGACAAGUUGUAAAUAUAUAUCUGAAUAAAUGUGGGUCUUUGCAAA